AUGGGAUUAUGGUUUUAUCUUCUUGCAUGUAUUUCUACCUAUAUACUUCUUCAAUCCCUUCACAAAGUCAUCCGCAAUAAGAGGCUACCACCAAGCCCUCCUGCCAUACCCAUCUUAGGUAACAUAUUUUGGCUCCUUAAGUCAUCAAAGAAUUUUGCUGAUCUUGAACCUGUCCUUCGCUCUUUACGUUCCAAGUACGGUAACAUUGUUUCCAUUCACAUUGGUUCUACACCUUCCAUUUUCAUAACAUGUCACGAAGCUGCUCAUAGAGCACUUGUUAAAAAUGGCACUAUCUUUGCUGAUCGUCCUUUGGCUCUUCAAACCACCCAAGUUUUCUUCCCUAACCAAUACACCGUUACUACUUCUCCCUAUGGCCACAAUUGGAGGUUUAUGCGCCAAAACUUAAUGCAAGUAAUUCAACCUUCUAGAUUAAGUUUAUAUUCUCAUUGUCGAAAAUGGGCAUUAAGUAUAUUAAAGAAACAUAUUCUAGAUGAAAUUGAGCUGGGGAAUAAGGCCAUAGCAAUUGAUAGUUAUUUCAAUUCUACAUUAUAUGCUUUAUUUUCAUAUAUAUGUUUUGGAGACAAAUUUGAUGAGGAAACCGUUAGGAAUAUCCAGAGGGUGCAACAUUGUUUUCUUCACAAUUUCAUUAAAUUCAAUGUGUUGAAUUUCGUACCGGUCUUGUCUAAGAUCGUGUUUAGGAGAUUGUGGAGAGAGAUCUUGGGAAUUCGUCAAAGUCAGGUGAAUGUGUUCCUCCCUAUCAUAAAAGCACGCCAUGAGAAAAUAAAAGGCAAGGUAGGUGUUAAAGAUGAGAAUGAAGAAGAGUUUAAGCCUUAUGUGGAUACCCUUUUUGAUAUGAAACUCCCUAGCAAUGGAUGCAAGCUAAAGGAUGAAGAGUUGGUGAGUAUGUGUGCUGAGUUUAUGAUAGGUGGCACAGACACAACGGUUACGACGUGGAUAUGGACCAUGGCGAAUUUAGUGAAGUACCAACACAUACAAGAGAAGUUGUUUGAUGAAAUUAAGGAAGUUGUGGAACCUGAUGAGGACAUUGAGGUGGAGCAUUUGAAAAGGAUGCCUUAUUUGAAGGCUGUGGUGUUAGAGACCUUAAGGAGGCACCCUCCGGGGCAUUUUAUAUUGCCUAGGGCAGUCACACAGGACACUGUUAUGGACGGUCAUGAUAUACCAAAAAAUGCAAUUGUGAAUUUUCUUGUGGCUGAAUUUGGGUGGGAUCCAAAUGUGUGGGAAGAUCCUAUGGAGUUUAAACCAGAGAGGUUUUUGAGGCAUGGUGGAGAUUCUAAAUUUGAUCUGAAAGGGACUAUAGAGAUCAAAAUGAUGCCUUUUGGUGCAGGAAGGAGAGUUUGUCCUGCAAUUAGUAUGGCAACACUUCACCUUGAGUACUUUGUGGCCAAUUUGGUGAGGGAUUUUAAAUGGGCACUUGAAGAUGGGUGUGAAGUUGACAUGAGUGAGAAGCAGGCCUUCACUAUUGUGAUGAAGAAUCCUUUGAGACCAUGUGUGUCUCUAAGAAGCACUUGAAGACACAUAGAUACCAGCUAGGAUCCCAACUCAUCUUUUCCAA